UGAGUUCUGAUGUUUCGUAAUCUGCCAACAUUUUCAGUAUGUGGAGUUGAACGAAUAUGCUAGUGGAAGUGAGUGGCGAGCCACGUCAACUGACUGCAUCGCCAGUCCCUAAUAAGAGAUACCCACUUUCCGCGAGUUAUACAACGCAAAGCAAACCACAGGAUAGAGGUAUCAUCAUCGUUAGUGUAAGUGUAAUGGGAAUCUUGCUCCAACCGAGCCUACUAAUGUUCCUUAGUUGUUGUGACCCCGUAGAAAAGGACCGUUCUAGAUCUUUUCUCUUGCCACCAAAUAAAUGUAGGCUGGGAGGCUCUCCUGCAGUGAUCAAUUCGACGGUCGGGAGACCGACAAUGAUCUCUGCGGUCAAAUCAGCGAGACGUCGAUCAGGACACUCCAUCUGAGACGAUUUGUAGGCGGGAAAAGUGUUGGCUUUAGCGACGAGAUCUGUGGUAGUCGUUAAGAUUUCCACUCAACCCACAACCAGAGGAGCAAGCCACAGGUGAACACA